ACAUUACAGGACAGAGAGACGCAGGCUUCCGGCCUAACAAACGUCAACAGAGGAGAAGCGGUUAUUCUCAGAGGCAGUUGUGCGUUAGCCUCUCACGAUUCAGCUCUUAUAUCCCGAAUUGGCACUCGCAGCAACAUGACAUCUCUUUAUUGAGCUGCUGCUUCUUCAGACAACACUUGCACCAAGAUUUGGUUUGGAACGAAUGAGGCUGACACACCGUCGCCAUGGAAACAGAGACAGAAAUGAUUCCCAUCUGGCAGAAUAAGCCCCACGGAGCCGCCCGCAGCGUCGUCAGAAGGAUAGGCUCCACUCUUCCUCUAAAGCCUCCACAGAGGGCAUGUUUUCAGGAGCUGCCCGGUCUGCCCUCGCUCCGUCCGCUCGACGGCCCGUCGGUUCCGACCCUGGCUGACAUCGCCUGGAUCGUCGCAGACGAGGAGGAGACGUACGCCAGAGUCAGAAGCGACUCGCGGCCCCUGAAACACGAGUGGCGGCCCACGCCGCUCCUCGUCCUGCACAGGAACUCGUCCGUGCCGAACUUCCGGCGGGAGGGGAAGCGGAUGGAGGGUCUGAGGAAGCCGGGCGUGACGGCGCUGAACCGAACCACGGCGCUGCAGGACGAGCUGAGCCGCCUCAGAGCGCAGAUCGCCAAGAUCGUUGCCAGCGACUCGGACUCCAACCCGCUGACCCCUGAACUUCUCUCCCCCGACGACACCAGCAUGGCGUUCUCCAUGGCGCCGUUCGAGGCCGCCUCCUUCCAGCCGGCGGCCGCCGCUCCCGCUUCCUUCGUCAUCAGCGACGUCACCGAGGAAGAGGAGGAGGAGGACGAAGAGCCAGUGGAGGAAGAUGAGAAGGACACGGUCUCCGUCGUGUCGGAGCUGCUGCCCGACCCGCUGCCGCCGGUUUCCAUGACGGCGUCGGCGACCUUCGACCUGGACCGGCCCAGCAUGGAGUUCAGGGAGGCGGAGGAAGACACGGUGUCGCUGUCCAAGUCGACGAGCUUCGCCGACGUCAUGGACAUCCUGAAGGACAUGAACAAGAUGAAGAUGAGCAAAGACAGGUACAGCCGCGGUUGCACGUCGCUCAGAGAGGAAGACUCCGCCACGCUGAUUUCUGAAGCUCUGAGGAAAAAGUUUGUCCUGAAGGAAGAGGAUUCUGCUGCUGCUGUGAAACGGAAGUAGCCACUUCCUGCUGCGCCACGUAAGUCAGUGGAUCAGCGUUGGCCCACAUUCUUUUCCAUUUCCGGUUCUUUCCCCGGAUGAUCCAGCUCCUCUGUGGUUCUCAGCCUACUUUCUGAGUCCUUGGCCUACUUUGUCCCUUGUCACCUCCGCCGUGGAGGUGAGGAAGAAUGGAUCCAUCUGCCAAUUUUAGAUGCAGGCAGAUAUCUUUGGAGGGCUCUGUUAAUGGGCCCUGGUGUCAAAAUGAGGCUCUGGUGAACGGAUAAGUACCGGCUUUCAAAGCAACACGGUAGAAAACUUAAGAAAACAGAUUAAAACAUUAUUAAAGCGAACUGUAACAAAAUCCGCAGAGUUCUUUGACUUUACUCAAAUAAAGGUUAGGAAGGAAAUCCUUAUUGACGCAAAGCAAUAUGGUUGGUACUUAAGUUGCAAAUAAAAAAAAUAAAAGACGAAAAGAAUGAAAUGUGCAAGACCGAGAUGUUCCUGCGCAGCUCGGCUGAAUGAAGCGCUUCUAAUGUGUAACUUAAGGACUUUGUCGAGAGUUUAUAUUUCUAAACAUAAUCGCAAACUGUGAAUUUUUCAUCCCACAUCGGACUCCGGUCGACCGUUUCUGUUUUCCGUUCUUGUAUAGCUCCGCCAUCUUUAAUGCUGUAUCGCUGACUCCACUUAAGGAUGACCAACGGCUCCCUCUGCUGGGUGGCGGACAAACUACAGCAUUGAAAUGAUGUCUAAGGCGACGUUACAGUUUACUGAAUAUAACUAAAACUACUAAUUGACUAUUAAUCACUAGCCAUAAAAUAAGGGUUAAGGUGCAACGGUGUAUAUUAGGGCCGUUUUAGAUAGAAAAAAAUGCAGUAAAUUUCCUAAAAUAAACAAGAAAAUUGUCUGUUUGAAAAGUCGAAAAUUUGCAAGACAAAAAUCAGAAAUUUUAAGAUUGAUCUCAGAAAUUAUCUAUUAUCUAGAAAAAAAGGGAAAUUCUUGAGUUUGAAAACUAAAAAAUUUGUGAGAAACUCAGAAAGUUGGUGAUCAUUCUCAGAAAUUCUGUAGAAAAAAAAUGGAAAUUUUUGAGUUUUGAAACUUGCAAAAAAAAUAUCUCAGAAGCUUUAACAUUAUUUUAAUUUAAAAAAAAUUUAUAGCUUGAAAAGUCAAAAAAAUGGUUUGUCUAUAAAAUUAUUGAUAUAUAUAUAUAUAUAUAUAUAUAUAUAUAUAUAUAUAUAUAUAUAUAUAUAUAUAUAUAUAUAUAUAAAAAAACCCUAACCCAAGGAAACUUACAAGGAAAUUUGUGGACAUUUACUCUCUCUUUUCAUAUCUACAAUCUCCCUAAUAGUCCAAUAAAGACCCUUUACUCCACCAAAGUAACCAUGGUUACAUUAGUGUAGUUUUUGCUAGCGCUAGCAUCAUUGUUAGCUGCUCAAACAGCUUCUUUGUCUAGCCUGAGGGCCAUCUUCUUCAGCGUAUCGUAGCAACAAUUUGAAAACACGGUGGAUGCAAAAGGUCCAGGGGGGGAAAAACAAGAGCCUCUCGGCCGCCCACUCUUCCCCGAGUGUUACCCACGCGGCCCGCGGCCCACCCCCACGUCAUUAAGACACAAAUCUCCUCUGACUCACAAUGGCGACAGCUCCACAAGGACUGCAUCCGAUCAAUUCAAAUCACUCCGCUGUUUCUAUUUUCGAUCAUCUGCGUCUCAUUAAGUGGGGUUGUCAUUUAAAGAUGAGUGCUGAGUAAAUCCUGUCCAUGAGUGGAACUGUAAAUAUUCUCUGAUGUUAAUUAGCAGCGCUAAUUGGACUGCGGCUGUCGGCUUUUAAUGGAUGACAACUUUUAUUUAGAUCUGAUUGUGAAAUUCAAAAGAUGUGACAUCUGUGUUUUAAUUGCUAAAGAUCUCUGAUUUUAAAUAGCAAAUUUUUAAGUUUUUAUAGUGCCUCGUAUAGUAGUAAGAAAUAUAAACAUACUCUUGUACUUUUUAAAUUUAAACAAAGAAGCAAUUCACAUUUAUUUUUUAGUUGUGACAUAUCCAAAAGAUGUUGGAAUGAUCUUGAAUGCCACUUUUUCCAUGUGACUAAAAAAAGACUCAAGACAUUAUUUGCUAUCAAAGUAACUUCAAAAUGUAAAUUUAUGCUUAAUUUUCUUAUCAUAAAUGCAGAAUGUCUUUGACAAAUAAAAGUUUAUAAAAUA